CUCCUUAACUUCCUUCUCCUCACCUCAUAUUUAACUGGGAAGAAAUGGAGGCUCAGUUGAUAGGAAGGAAUUUUUUAUUUAUAUCCUUUCAACUGAUUUAGGGUGAAUGGUGCCUAGGAAGUCUUAGAGGUGGUGAGUGGAGCAAUAUGACAUUGCAUUGACAGACCCUUUCUAGAAUCAGUGAUGUUGAUAUGUGAGUCAGAGGCAGAGAGUCAGGAGUGGGAAGAAGGUUCUGAAAAUGAGAGUUUUAAGUGUUUGGAGUACAAAAAAAGCAAUCAGAACCGGAGGAGGGAGGGCUCUAUAGGAGUACCCAGAGGAGUUGGGGAGAGAUUUUCUGAAUUGGGAUGGUAUUAAAUCCCUCCCUUGAAGGAAGGGUAGAGUUUGGAUUGACAAGAAGAAAGGAGGAAGUCACUCUAGGAUAAGAUGGAUAAUAGUGAAACUAGGUUGCCAAUGUUUGUGUCCAGGGAGACCUUAGAAGUAAAUUUAAGGUCAGAUUGUGGAGGACUUUGAAUGUCAGAUUAGGGUUGAGAGAUUUGAUUGAGUAUGGGAUGGAAGGUUCUAGAGCCUGAUGGAAUCUUAGAGAUCAUUCCAGACAAUCCUCUCUUACCAAUAAGGAAAUUGAUCCCCAGAAAGGAACCACAGGAUGGAGAUUUUUACUCUGGACCUCUUGAUUCCAAGUCUUUCACUCUUUCUACCCUAUCAUAUUCACUGUUUUCUGGGGAGUUGAUGAGAAAGAAGUAGGCUUUGGGGAAGUGAUUUUGCAGGGUAAUUGAGUGGCAGGCUAUUUAUUAUAGGAUCCCUAGAAUGGAUGAGGAGGGAUUAGAUUCAGGUGACUCCUAUUAUAAUGAUGAAAGAAGAGCAUUCUGUGUGCAUUUGUCUCGACUCAUCUACCAGAUUUGGAAGUUCUGAGAUGAUAGGUACCACAGUUUCUUGGUGAUCUUUGUCACCCAAUAGAGUACUGCCUAGGGCUUGGCACAGAGGAACUAUUGUUUGGAACUACCUCUAGACUUUGUGAAGGAAGAAUAAUAAGGUCUUGGUAACAGCUUUAAUAUCUUGGAUACUGGGGUAUAGGCUAGGGAAGGUUAGAUGACUAAAAGUUUCUAUCCAGUCUGGGAAAUGGUACCAUUGACAGAUGGUAAAUUGGAAAAGGGAAGUAAGAAUUCUUUUUCUCAGAAGUUGCUUUUCUUUCAUUCCAUUGAAGUGAUUUUUUGAUCUUAUAGAUUUGGGACUAGAAGUAACUUCAAAUGUCAUCUAGUCCAAAAUCCUCAUUUUACAGGUGAGGUCAUUGAAACUCAUUCAGAGGUUUAAGGGACUUGCUCCAGGUCACCGUGUCAUAAAGUAGAAAAGCUGGAAUUUGAACCACUAUGGUAAGUAAGUACUGAGUUAUCAUAGUGAUGCUCAGAGAAGAAAGGAACUCACUGGGGAUUAGAGUAGUUGAAGAAUAUUUGAGCUGGCUUUGAAGGGAAGAGAGGUGGAUGGGAUUUAGAGAUGGAAAAGGAUAUUCCAAGCAAAAGGAAGAGUAGAAGGGAAGUUUAGCAGGUCAGAAUGAGCAUUGUGUAUGAUUAGAGACUAGUUUGACUGGAGGGGAAGGAUGCAUGUAAAAGAAGAGGAAAAAACAGUUGGCAAUUGAUUGGUUAUAGGGAUCUGGAAAAAGAAGAACCAAUCUCAUUCCUAAAUUUGGAGCUUGGGCAAAUAGGAGGAUUGGUUGAGGACUUGUUGAAAAAAAUACAAAGGUGUUAGGUUUCAUGUGGCUACCAAUUGUCUACAUGAUCAAGUUAAAAUUACUUAGCCUAAUCACCCAUAGUCACCCUAGCCAAGGUUACCCAUAACUGGCUUCUCUUACAGACAAUUGGGGAGUCACUGAAUAUUUCUUAGUGAAUAGAGUGACAUGAUCAGUCAUCUCUACUUUAGGUCUGGCAGUUUGUGGAGGAUGGAUUGAGACCCUAAUCUUGUUUAGGAGGUUGUGGUAAUUCAAACAGAGGCCAGGGAGUCAUGGAUAUGUAUGCUUGCACAUACCACAUAUAAGAAUAAAAUGGCCGGGUCAGAAGUAAGAGGCAAGAAAUGAAAAAUUGAUAGGAUUUGGAGAUGAUCUAGAGAGAUAGGAAGAUGAUGUGGAGAGAUAGGAAGAAGGCUGGUGCUGUGGAGAGUAGGAAUGAAGUUGGGAAAGGGAAUUGGUUUGGGAAAUCAAUAGUAUAAGUUUGAUAUUUCCUGAGAUAAUUAAUGUCAAGAUACCUGAUGAGACAAUCACAGAGCUGACUAGCACCUUGAAAACCAUAUUGUCUGCCUGAGCUUUCCCAACAUGUGGACUCCAAGCCUUUCCUUAAAAACUUCCCAUAAGUGAGAAUUUCAUCAUAAUCUGCUUUCACAGAACUUUAAUUGAUUCCUGGGGCUUAUUAGUACAGUGUCUGUCAUAUAGAAGAUACUAAAUAAAUGUUUCCUGACUUGAUUUAAAAUGCUGGGGAAAGCACAGCAGAAUAAGAUGCCUACCCUAUGGGUGCUAAGAAAAAGAGGAGCUCACUAAGGAUUAGAGUAAUUGGGUAGAGUACUUGAACUGAUUCUCAAGUUUCUGACCCCAAAGGGAGGUUCGCCCCUGAGCUUUGCUCAGCCUCAUUGUGUGAGGACUUUGACAUCCUGGGUGGAGGGAAGGGGGGCUUCCCCCAUCCCUCCUCAAGCUGCUCCCAUCAUGGCUCAGACCCUGCAGAUGGAGAUCCCCAACUUUGGCAACAGUAUCCUGGAAUGCCUGAAUGAGCAGCGGUUGCAGGGUCUCUAUUGUGACGUGUCAGUAGUGGUGAAAGGCCAUGCUUUCAAGGCUCACCGAGCUGUUUUGGCUGCCAGCAGCUCCUACUUCCGGGACCUUUUUAAUAGCAGCAAGAGUGCAGUGGUGGAGCUGCCUGCUGCUGUGCAGCCCCAGUCCUUCCAACAGAUCCUUAGCUUCUGCUACACUGGCCGCCUCAGCAUGAAUGUGGGCGACCAGUUCCUCCUCAUGUACACUGCUGGUUUCCUCCAGAUCCAGGAGAUCAUGGAGAAGGGCACAGAAUUUUUCCUCAAGGUAAGCUCACCCAGCUGUGACUCACAGGGCCUACACGUGGAAGAAACGCCCUCGUCAGAGCCUCAGAGCCCUGUGGCCCAGACGUCCAGCUGGCCAGCCUGCAGUGCCCCACUCCCUCUUGUCUCUCGAGUUAAGACUGAGCAACAAGAGUCAGACUCGGUUCAAUGCACGCCUGUAGCCAAGCGGUUAUGGGACAGUGGCCAGAAAGAAGGUGGUAGCAAUGGCAGCCGCAAAAUGGCCAAGUUCUCAAGCCCGGACUUAGGAGGGAACCGAUCCCAGCAGCCACAGCCCCUGGCUCAGCAGCCUCAGCAGCAGCAGCAGCUGCCCCAAGGCAUGGCACCAACCCCAGUGCCAGCAGGGACAGCGGGUAUGGGGAGUGGGCCCAGCACAUCAGAACGGACCAGCCCUGGGACAUCCAGUGCCUACACUAGUGAUAGCCCCAGUUCCUACCACAAUGAGGAGGAUGAGGAGGAGGAUGCAGGGGAGGAGGGCUCUGAUGAACAAUACCGCCAGAUCUGCAACAUGUACACCAUGUACAGCAUGAUGAAUGUAGGCCAGACAGCUGAGAAGGUGGAGGCCCUGCCGGAGCAAGUGGCCUCCGAGUCCCGCAACCGAAUCCGGGUGCGGCAAGACCUGGCCUCACUGCCAGCUGAGCUCAUCAACCAGAUUGGCAAUCGAUGCCAUCCAAAGCUCUACGAUGAGGGAGACCCUGCUGAGAAGCUGGAGCUCGUAACAGGCACCAAUGUAUACAUCACAAGGGCACAACUCAUGAACUGUCACGUCAGUGCGGGCACAAGGCACAAAGUUCUCCUUCGUCGACUCCUUGCCUCCUUUUUUGACAGGAACACUCUGGCCAACAGUUGUGGCACAGGCAUCCGAUCUUCCACCAAUGACCCUAGCCGAAAACCCUUGGACAGCCGGGUCCUCCAUGCUGUCAAGUUCUACUGCCAGAACUUCGCCCCCAACUUUAAGGAGAGUGAGAUGAAUGCCAUCGCUGCGGACAUGUGUACAAAUGCCCGAAGGGUGGUGCGUAAGAGCUGGAUCCCCAAGCUGAAGCUACUCAUGGCUGAAGGCGAUACAUAUACAACUUUCAUCAAUGACACAGGCAAGAUGGAGCCUGACAUGAUGGGUGUGGAGCAUGGCUUUGAGACAGCCAGCCAUGAUGGUGAUGCUGGGCCCUCAGCCGAAGCCCUCCAAUAACCCUUCCCCUCUCCCCUGCCCUGCCUGGCCUGGCCUUUCCUGGCCUGCACCCUUUCUCCUCUCCCUCCUUCCCUACUGCAGGCUACCCUUUGGCAAGGGUUCUCUCUGCCUUUCACAUUGGACUUCGUUUAUUCUUUGGUUAACAUCCCCUCCUCUCCCUGGUCCAGUUUGCCAGAGGGGACGUGUGAUCACUGCACGCUGCUGUCUGUCCCAUUCACCCCCACCCUCCAAUAGCACCACUUCUUUGCCAUGGUGUACGUGGCACCAAGGAGCAGAAAUUCAGGUGGCCUUGUGGUCCCAUGGUGUGGGCUGAAGUGGGGAGUCUCUCUGGUCUCCUGCCCUAUUCCCCAUUUCAUGACAGGCACUGAGUGGCUGGGAGAGUAUCAAACAUGGUUUUAUUUCCUUUACUUUUUUUUUAAACACACUCAGAAUGAUCUAACUAUAUAUAUAUAAAGAGAGAAAUCUAUAGACCUAGAAAUAAUAUAUAUAUAGAUAUAUAUAUAUAUAUAAAUAUUUACCAGGAAAGGAAAAGCAUGUUCGUCCUACAAGCAAGAGAAAAUGAGUAACAGUCUUGCCUCAGUGGCAAACAGCUACCCCUCUCCUCCCCACCCCACCCCCAACAGUCAGUGCCCCUAUAGUAUCUGUGGCAGUGGGCAUCUGGGGGGUUGGACUCUCCCUGCCCUCCCUGGAAGAUUGCCUUUAGAGGCCAGUCAGCCUCUGGCUCCCUUCAUACUUUGUUCUUCCAGGUCUCUAGUCUGCGUUUCCUUCCUUCUUCCUCCAGAGUCUCUGGCUUUUUUCAUCUUCAUUCUAACCCCACUUUUCCAAAGAACUUUCCCGUCUAUUUAAUUUUAUUGUUGGGAUAUACUGCAGGAUAGUAAGAGCAACUGGCAGUGACCCCAUUGAACAGGGAUGAAAUGGAAGUUUCUCUGCCACCCUCCAGGUAAAGCAAUCUGCCAAUAUCACGGCAAAGGAGCAGGGAGGCUUGGAUUAGAACUUGGUUCUCUAGACUUAUGGACCAGCAGUCUUUUGCUUAACAUACUCUUGCUGCCUCCCAUUUUUAAUCCAUUUUGGUGCUUUCUGGAGGAAGGAGCAGGCACUGAAUCAAGUCAUUAUUUGAGGGUAGUGUAGAGGGAAGAGCAGUGCGUGCGUGCGUGCGUGCGUGCAGGGUAGGAAUGACUUGAAUGGUUUUGCUUUGGUAAAACAAGAUUGAAUCUGAGUAGGGGAAUGGUAGAGCAGGGUUGGCAGAAUGGGGGGCAAUGAGGCUGGGAGGGUUUCAAUUCACACUGAAGUCUGAUCACCCCCUACCCCCAUCUUUUGUGGACUGAAACCUAUCCUGGGGGCCCUGGGGCUUCCCUCCCUGUCCAGUCCCCAUCUUUCUUUUGUCUCUUUCCCCUAAGCUCUGUUUAUAGACUUUUUAAGAAUACCUUUUGUAGCAAGUGUUAAAUCUUAUGGAAAUAUCAGGAUCCUUUUCAAACCAGUAGGAAUGUGAGUCUUCCCCAGAACCCCCUUCAUGUCAUCUACCUCCCAAUCUGGAGGUGUGGUAGGUAGGCUCAAUUGGCUUUUGGGAUCUAGAAAGUGCUGGGUAGGAUAGGAUAGGGUGGGUACAAUCUGACCAUGUAUUAUUGGUUUUGUCAGUUUUUCUUUUAAUGUGCCCUUCUGUCCUUUAUGAUCCUCAUUUCUUCCAGUCCAUGGCUUUCCCACUAAGACUUUCUGGCAAGUCCAACCUGGACAGGCCCUGUCUAGGGGGUUAGUUCUCAUUGUUCAUUAUUUUAAAUAUGCUGAUUUGUGGCUGUUCCUUUUCCUUAAUAAUGAUCUUUUCUGGUUUGUUAUAUGUGAACAUGGACUUUUAGGGGGGUUCAUUUUUAUUUUCUUCUCCUGUCUCUUCUCCGUCUUUCCCCUUUUGGGCCCCUCCAAUCCUGGGUGACCUCUCUCCCAAAGAGUUAGGGUGCUUCUGCCUUUGGGGCAAAUCCCAUACUCUUUCUCAACCUCUCAUUGGUUCAGAGAUUUACAAGUAAAAGGGAGGGACUAUAUAGAGCUUAUCUUGUUCAUUCUUGACUCACUGAAAGUAUAUGACUUCAGGGCUAGGCAUAGAAAUCAAGUUUCUUGACUCCAAGUUUAGUAUUAUUUUCUCUUCACCACACCAUCUCUUGGAUCUAAGGCCCUGAAGAGGCCAUCCUUGAGGGUAGGUGCUUAGGCAUCUAAGGGCACCUGCAGUUACUUCUGCCUCCUUUCCAGACUUCCCUAAGAGUGAUGCUACAGGAUCAGUUACAGGUUCGAGGGCAGAAACUUCUUUGAUCCCUCAGGGUCCCAGAUUUAUCAGCAGCUCUGUGUCCAUCAUCACUGAUUGCAUCUCUAGGUUCACCAGCUAAUGAGUUGUAAGUUUUUGUUGAUUUAACCACUUGCCCAAUACUAAGGGCUAAGAGCUGGAGAUAGAGAGACAAAAAGUGACACAAAACAGUAACUGCCCCUUAAUGUAAUUCCUAGGCUUCUCUGCUUUAUGAUUCUUAGAAGAGGCAAAGUCAGAACUGCCCUGCCUGAGAGUCUAAUGGCUGGAUACUGUCCCUUAAUCUGUUAUGUGUGAGUCAUUUCUUUCAGAAAUGCCUAGUGCCAGAGUUUGGGAUUGUGGCAUUGUCCUUGAUUUUUUUUUCUGCUUUUGUACUGGGGUCCACUUGCAGACAGUGUAAGAGAAUACCUACCCUUCUCAUUGUUUGGCUCUAUGUUUUCUGCUUUCCAAGGACUUUGCCCAGGGCCCAGUGGGCCCUAUUGUGCUAUCCACCAAGAUGACUUGAGUUGUCACCUGUAUUGUCUAGCUCUACAGGGUCUGGCAAGGGAUAGUGGUGAGGGAGACAUGCAUUUAGAAGAAGCUCCCAUCCCUUGGACCGGAGGACUUUGGCACAGUGCAUCUAGGGGACAACCCCGUGGCUCAGUUACAGGCUACCAGUUACUUUAAAAGGGGGGAGGGGAAGAGGGGAAAUCUGAAACCUUUUGAAGAGGCCAUUUGAGGAAAAUUUGUGCCCCCUACCCUGUUUCCCAAAGCUAGCCCAUUUCUGUCUGCCUGAUCUUUCCUAGGCCCUCAGGAUAAACCCUUCUUUUUAAAUAACCCUGCUUAGUAUGGGCUAAGGGAGAAAGAGAGCAAGCAGUUUUUUUACCCCAGCACCAGAGCCCUCUUAUACCAUUUUCUGUGUCUAAUUCUCAGUCACUUUCCUAAGCCCCUGGGAAGGGACAUGAAGACCUUUCUUCCACUAAAAUACAAGCACCUUAUCUGCCCUCCCUCCCUGAAACUGCCCUAAUUCCUCUUCCCCAAAUCUCCCAAAGCACAAGGCCCCUCAAGGUGUUCUAGCUAGGGUCACCUAUGAGGUUCUGGGACCAAAUUGGGGAAGGAGAGAUCAGUGAGGAGGGGAGGCAGAGUGGGAGCCCCGUCUUACCUUGGUGCCUGGGGUAGGAGGAAGGACAGUAUGUGUAUCCCUUAUAUAUUGUGGUCCCUAAAUCCAGCUAUGAACCAUGUAGCCUGUGGAGCUGUUUGCUCGAUCAAUGGGGAUUAGGAGGGAAAGAACAGAGCAUGGGGCAUGGGGGUGGGCCAGAGUUGAAAUUUAAAAUUGAGUUGUUGACCAACUACUUUUCAGCACAUUCCUGGCCCCUGGCCUAGCAUAGGCUCUGGAGCUGUUGUCCUUCCAUGGGCACUGACCUGGGUGCUACAAUGAGAGAGGAGCAGUGAUUGGGUGAAAUUUAGCCAUACCGGGCCUAAUCUCUCUCCUCCAGUGUGAUAGUUAUUUCAGAGUGUCUCCCCAACCCCAACCCUUAUUGGUCCCCAGGUUCCCCCUUCCCUUUAGGCUUGUGCUCCCUGGAAAAAGCCACCAGGAUCUCCUAUUUUAUACACCUGGAAGCUUGAGGGGAGGUGUCAUUUAGCAAUAAAGGAGGCAGUGGGUGGGCAAUAGGAGAGGGGAGAGACUUGUGGAUUUCCAAAUUCCCUGGUUGCAAACAGAUGUUUGUGCUGUGAUUCUGAGAACCAUAGACUAUUGGAGCUGAAAAGGACCCAGGAAUCAUGUCCAAGCCCCUAAUUAUAUAGAUGCCAAAAGGUGCAGAGAGCCUGGCAUGGAACCGAGGGACUGUGCUGAAUUGUGUUGGGGAUGGGGGGUGGGGGAGUCAGCUCCUCACAGGAGAGCCAAAGACAAGGGUUGUGCCUUACCAAAGGGGAGCUGCCUCUGUCCCCCAUGGACAGCCAUGUUCUGGGCAGCCCUUCUCUUCCCCCCCCCCCCCCCCAGGGUCCUGCUCUUUACUUUCCUUUCUCAACCAUCCCUCAUCUAACCCCCCACCCCACUCCCUGUCCAUUUGAUGGCCUUUCUGCUGAGCUGCAUGGCCCAGGAAUGCUGGGUGCUUUCUGCUGAUGCUGCAGCUGCUUCUCCACCAACCACCUCCAGAAGUCAGGCCCAGAAUCAAGUUUUCCAUUUAAAAAAAAAAAGGAAGGAAAAAAUCAGAAAAAGACAAAAAAAAUUUUCCCCAGACCCUGGGGCUGCCAGGAUUUGUCUGUGUGAAGUGCCAAUGACCUUGUGACCUUCAAAAAACACACACAAGGCUCCCCAGCCCCAAGCCCGCCUCACCCCCUGUGACCCCAGUAAUGAGGCUUGCACAUUAACUACUGUAAAAAGGAGCAGAGCUGGAGAAAUGUGAAUAAUGGGAAUAAUAAUACUGAUAAGAAUAAACAAUGGCAUUUG